AUGAAGUCAUCAAGGAAUCAAACUGUCAUCUCAGAGUUCCUCCUCCUGGGCUUACCCAUCCAGCCAGAACAUCAGCACCUGUUCUAUGCCCUGUUCCUGACCAUGUACCUUACCACCAUUAUAGGAAAUGGCCUCAUCAUUGUCCUCAUCCGACUGGACUCUCAUCUCCACACACCCAUGUACUGGUUCCUCAGUAACCUGUCCUUCUCUGACCUCUGCUUCUCCUCUGUCACCAUGCCCAAACUGUUGAAGAAUAUGCAGAGCCAAGUUCCAGCCAUCUCCUACGCAGGCUGCCUGAUACAGAUGUAUUUCUUACUAUUUUUUGGAGAUCUAGAGAGCUUCCUUCUUGUGGCCAUGGCCUUUGACCGCUACAUGGCCAUCUGCUUCCCCUUACACUACACCAGCAUCAUGAGCCCCAAGCUGUGUGGGGGUUUGGUGGUACUGUCCUGGGUGCUGACCAUGUCCCAUGCCAUGGUGCACACCCUGCUCACGGCCAGAUUGUCUUUCUGUGGGAACACUGUGAUCCCCCACUUCUUCUGUGAUUUGUCUGCUCUGGUGAAGCUGGCCUGCUCUGACACUCAUGUAAAUGAGUUGGUGAUAUUUAUCGUGGGAGGGCUUGUUGUUGUCAUCCCAUUCCUACUCAUUACAGUGUCCUAUGUGCAGAUCAUGUCCUCCAUCCUGAAGGUCCCUUCCUCUCAUGGCAUCCGCAAGGUCUUGUCUACCUGUGGCUCACAUCUGUCUGUGGUGUCCCUGUUCUAUGGGACAAUUAUUGGUCUCUAUUUAUGUCCAUCAGCUAAUAAUUCUACAGUGAAGGAGACUGUCAUGUCUAUGAUGUACACAGUGGUGACCCCCAUGCUGAACCCCUUCAUCUACAGCCUGAGGAACAGAGACAUGAAGGGAGCUCUGGAAAGAGUUCUUUGUAGGAAGAUUCCAUUCUUUCUAUGA